AUGGCUGUCGAGGCCUCUCCCGUUUUCCCUGUUCCCACCUCGGAGCUGAGCAAGAUCAUCACUGAUGCCUGCGACGCCGCCCUGAAGGACGUCACCGAGUACGAGCACGACAACGUCGGAACCUGGAACUCGCAAAUCAUCAACGGCGUCCUCAAGUCCCUCAUCACCGCCACCGCCCCCAGCGAAUCCACCAAACCCACCCCCUACCGCUUCACCGUGAACAGCACCAUCGUGCAGCAGGGCGUCAUCGACAAGACCGCCGCCGCAGACGGCUCGCAGAGCAACGCCGGCAAGCGCGGUAUGCACUCCGCCUCCGGCGCUUUCUGGGACGUCAACCGUGACGGCAUGUGGACGUUCAAGUACCCCGGUGCUGAGGAGCGGGGAUUGGAUAUCGUUGUUAGCGUGACGUGGUUUUCUGUGAACUAA